UGUCAAUGCAAUUCUACUUUAAAGAAGUUCAAUGAUUUUUUCAAAUUGUUACACAAUCUCAAAAUUAUUGAACUUGUAAUAACUGAACCCAUGAUAGAAUUAAUUUUUGAAAAGAUUGACAACCAUCUAGAACUUCAAUGUAAAUCUUCAUAUGACAAAUCUUACAUCAAAGAUAUUUAUAAAUGGAUUGAAAAGUUAAUUAUAAGUUGGCCUGAUGAAAUUCUUUUCAAAUCGUUAGAGAAAAAUGAAUCUUCUAUUAGAUUUUUGUCAAAUUAUGCCAAAAAGUUUAAAUAUUAUGCUGCAAAUAUUUAUGGAAAAAUGAGAAUUGAUCAACUGUUUGAUAUAAUUAUAGAAUAUCCUGAUUCAUUACCAGUGUUAAUGGAUUUGAUUGAAUGUUUGAAAUUGGUUCCUGAGUUGAAAAUGAUUCUCGUUUAUUCUCUCAAACAAGCUCUCAAACUGCGCUUAUUACACCCAGGAGUUAACACAGGAGAUAUUUUGACUGCAUAUAUAUCCACCAUGAGAGCACUCAGAAUUUUGGACCAGAGUGGAGUUUUGCUGGAGAUGGUAGGUGAGCCAGUAAAACAAUAUCUGAAAGGCAGAGAUGACACAGUACGUUGCAUUGUCACUAGUUUAACUGAAGAUAGCAACAAUGAUCUUUCUGAGGAGUUGAAUAAGGGUUAUUUAUUAGCUGACAGUGAUUCUGAAGAUGAGUUGUCUUGUCUUUUUAAUUGGGAAACUUGGAAUCCUGACCCUGUCGAAGCAGAACCUCUUAGACCCUCCCAAGCUAGCAGAUCUUUUGAUAUAAUUAGCAUGCUUGUUAACAUCUAUGGAAGCAAAGAACUGUUCAUUGAGGAAUAUCGUUCAUUAUUAGCUGAUAGAAUAUUAACGCAGUUGAGCUAUGACACUGUAAAAGAAAUAAAACAUUUAGAACUAUUAAAACUAAGGUUUGGCGAAAGUCAGCUGCAUCAGUGUGAAAUCAUGUUAAAAGAUGUUUCAGACUCUAGAAGAAUUAGUAAUAUAAUUCAAUCUAGAAAACAAAGUGUUGAUGCUUCUGACGUUAUUCCUAUUAAUGGCAUGAUUCUGUCAGCACAAUUUUGGCCUCCAAGAUUGAAAGAUGAGAAAGUUAAAUUACCAGAUUGUUUAAUUAAUUCAAUGCAGCAUUAUAAAAAGUCGUUUGAAUUGCUGAAAGGGAAUAGGACUCUAAUCUGGAAACCCCAUCUUGGGUUGGUUAAUAUGGAGAUAGAGUUAAAAGGAAAAAUUUUAACGUUUAAUGUUUCUCCAAUACAUGCUGCAAUUAUCUGGCAUUUUCAGUCUAAACCAGUGUAUACUGUUGAUGAAUUAAGUUCUAUUAUGCAAAUGCCAACUCAAGCUUUACAAAGAAAAAUUGCCUUCUGGCAAAGUCAGGGGUUAUUAAAAGAAGACGGGGUUGAUACUUUUAGGGUUGUUGAUGAAUUAAAAAGUACCUCACAAGAUACUAUGAUAGUUGAUGAAGAUACAGUUGAAUCGGUUUUAGUUUCUUCUAAAGAUCAAAAAGAAGAAGAAUUACAAAUUAUUUGGUCAUAUAUUGUUGGAAUGCUAACAAAUUUGGAAUCUCUAUCUUUAGAAAGAAUACACGCGAUGUUAAAAAUGUUUGCAAUGCAAGGACCCGGAUCACAAUGCUCUCUUUCUGACCUGAAAGCUAUUUUAGAACUGAAACUCAAAGAACUUAAACUUGUUUAUUCAAAUGGUGUUUAUAGACUACCUCCAAGUUAA